AUGUGGUUCGAAUCGGUUGGCAAGGUGAAAAGGGAUGGUACAUUCAAAGACUUGUAUUCCCCGGUCUCGGUGAGGGAAGGUGAUUCACUGUCAGCCAGUAGGGCGAUUACUAGCUGUGUUCCUCAGGGCUACGUCGUGGGUCCUAUGGUGCCCGAAGACACGACUGCACAGCCCCCACGCAAGGUACGUGUUACCCCCAUCGUUCUUCGCGAUGCUUCGAGAUGGCGAGGCGUAAAUCACAAGUUUAUUUCUUUGGGCAUCAAAUUCGAACGCGCGGUUGCCGUCGAUGCAGGAAUCAGGAUAAUUCCCAAGUCCGAGAAUGAUUACCGCAGGAUUAUUCGUCUCUUCAGGGAGGAAGAGGUGCCCCAUCACACUUUCCCUCUACCCUCCGAGAGGAACAUUCAUGCUGUAAUCAGAGGAGUACAUGCGACACUUUCGGAAAUUGAGAUCAAGGAAGAGUUGCAACAGAGGGGAUAUUCCCCCCUGCACAUAAUUCGCCUGAAACGCGGUGGCGGCGUGCCCAUGCCUUUGGUGGUAGUCAUACUGCCCAAGAUAGAAAAAUCUCAGCAGCUGUUCAACGAACACGAGCUGCUAGGUACUGCCAUGUCGCUGUCGUAUGCUCAUGACGACCGCGUUUCAGGCAGUUGUUUGCUCAGCCUUUUAGGGCAACCGUUUUUUAUUGUUUUAGUAGGAUGUGCACGGGUAGUCAGAUUCUGGGUGUCUUUUUUACUAGGUGUGUACAGUGAUGUAAAAAAUUUUAAGGCACAUUCUCAGGAAUGCGCAGAAACGUAG